AUGAAGUGUUUGGCAUUAAUCGCUGUUCUUUGCUUUUUUGGUAUGAGUGCUGGACAAGGAAUAACAAUGGAUUUUCUUAAUGAUAAUGUCGUUAAUCCUAUGCUUCAACAAAUUCAAACCAAUGCACUUGGCAUGCUUAGUCAACAAAUAAGCGGUCUCUUUUCAAGCCUUUUUACAGACCUUUUUGGCAAACGUGAUUUAUCAGAUCGCUUGAACAUUAAUCUUAAAGAAGUUUUGGCUCCAUUUAUCGCUCAAGUUAAAGCAAUCUAUCAACGUUUAUUUACAGUCUUUGUUCAAAUUGUUCAACAUGUUGAAGAUUGGAUCCAAAAACCUGAUUGGGCACGUAUCGAAUUUGUUCGUGCUGGUGCUGAAGCUGAAGCUGCAGUUUCAAAACUCCAUCCUGGUGCUGAAUUUUUACAACCACUCGUUAACCUUGUUCAAACUCAUUUACACGCUCUUAUCCCCGAUUUUGAAGCAAUCAUUGUCCAACUUUUCGGCUCUCUUCAAAAUCCAGUUCAAUCACUCAUUGGUACUGGCAGUCUUUUACAACCAUAA